AUGGAAUUGCCUCCCCAUUCCCCUCAAGGCUCUCCUCUCCAAGUCACGCCCCUAGUAAUGCAGUCCCCCAAUCCCGAUUCUCCUCCACAACAAACCCCUCCACCACCUCCCACAUCCACCUAUAAGAGGAAAAUCCGGUCGAAAUCAACCCGACCCAUGGCCUCUGCACCUCCUCUCACAAAACGCAAAGACCCACCUACUACUCCACUUUCAGAGCCUCCACCCAAAAAUCCCAAAACUUCAGCUUCCACACGACAGGGGGUUGGCAUUUCUACCUCUACCCCACAAGCCAAAUCACCCUCUUCUAGCAAAAAGCAAACUUCAGCAGCAACACAGGUAUCUAAACUACCUUGGCCCCUUCCUGAUGCAACCCACAAGGCAACUUUUAAGAGACUAAAGGACAGGAAAGUGCAACCCACUAGUUUGCCACCUUCUGACACUGUACAACCAGCAGCAGAUAUAGGACCCACUGCACAACCAGAGGCACAAUCUGUACCACCAGUCCAACAGCAUUCUACUGAACCUGCACCACCCACUCAGUCUACAUAG